AUGAUGUUUCUUCUUGCCGUGGUUCUUGCCUGCUAUGUCGCCCAGCCAGGAAUGGGCACCAACUGGGGAGCAGGAUCCAGCAUGUACGGGGGCGGAGCGGGAAUGUCAUCAUUUAGCACGAGUCCAUGGUAUGGCUCUAACUGGUACAACAGACGCAGCUCAAGUACUACACCAUGGCAAAUGCCCAUAAGUGCUAGAUCCUUGUAUUAUAAACGGCACUCACUAUCAGUCGGAACUCCAAUAGUAUCCACCUACUAUACAACCUCGUAUCCAUCUUUUACAGGAGGCAUGAGUGGUAUGGGAGGUAUGGGUGGUAUGGGAGGAAUGACCACCAUGGGAGGUAUGGGUUCAAUGGGCACUACAGGAGGCAUGGGUGCCAUGGGAGGUAUGGGUUCAAUGGGCGCAACAGGAGGCAUGGGUGCCAUGGGAGGCAUGGGAACUAUGGGUUCAAUGGCAGGAGGUAGUUCAAUGGGCGCAACAGGAGGCAUGACCACUAUGGGAGGCAUGGGUUCAAUGGGCGCAACAGGAGGCAUGGGUACCAUGGGAGGCAUGGGUUCAAUGGGCGCAGCAGGAGGCAUGGGUGCCAUGGGAGGUAUGGGUUCAAUGGGCACUAUGGGUGGCAUGGGAGCUAUGGGUGGUAUGGGUGGUAUGGGAGGCGGAAAAUUCAUGGGAGGCAUGGGAGGCAUGGGAGGUAUGACUUCUAUGGGAGCAACAGGUGGUAUGGGUGGUAUGGGUGGAAUGGGUGGAAUGGGCGGAAUGGGAGGUAUGGGAGGUAUGGGUGCAACUGGUGGCAUGACUUCUAUGGGAGGUAUGGGUGCAACUGGUGGCAUGACUUCUAUGGGAGGUAUGGGUACAACUGGUGGCAUGACUUCUAUGGGAGGUAUGGGUGGAAUGGGUGGUAUGGGUGGAAUGGGAGGUAUGGGUGGAAUGGGAGGUAUGGGUGGAAUGGGUGCAACUGGUGGCAUGACUUCCAUGGGAGGUAUGGGUGCAACUGGCGGCAUGACUUCCAUGGGAGGUAUGGGAUCAAUGGGCGGCAUGGGCUCAGCUGGACCCGCAUUUACAACCAGUGUAAAAAAGAGAGAUGACAAUGACAGAAAAAGGACAUUUCGGGAAAUCAAAAAGAGAACAAAAUGUAAACAAAAAUUUGAAUCUAAGAUGUUUCUCAUCAAGCUGUUUACAUGA